AUGGCCGGCUUUCUGAUCCCGGAGUGGUACAAGGUCUCUGCGCCAUCCGUCGAUGACCUCUUGAUUGCGAGCAUCAUUUGGGGGUUCUCCUUGGCGGCUGGUCGAGUUAAUCCAUAUAUCGUCAUGAUAUGGGCGGAGUGGACUGUCUGCACCGCAAUUGGCGUCAUCUCGUGGCUGUUUCUCAAGGGCAUUCUGCUGGCAAGCUUCUGGGUAUUCUUCUCUUUGCUAUGCCUGUGGGUUAUUCAGAUCCAAUGCAUCUGCGGGAUCAUCAUCAACCGAAUUGCACUCUUGAUGAUCGAUAGACGACGUGCCACAAAGAUCAAAUGGAUAGUGGCCGUUAUCCUAGGCUUGGUCAACAUCAGUGUCUUUUGCAUCUGGAUCCCCGCUCGCCUCCAGAUAUCCGAAACCUACAUCCAUGUCAACGAGAUUUGGGAUCGGAUCGAGAAGGGCAUCUUCCUCAUCGUCGACGCUGCCCUCAACUUCUACUUCAUUUACCUAGUCCGGACUAGGUUGAUUGCAAACGGCUUGCAGAAGUACACGCCGCUUUUCAGGUUCAACAUCUUCAUGGUGGCAGUCUCAAUGGGGCUUGACGUAAUUCUGAUUGGCAGCAUGUCAAUCGGAAACGGUACCAUUUACAUUCAGUUCCACCCCCUCGUCUACAUUCUGAAGCUUCACAUCGAGAUGAACAUCGCCGAACUCAUCGUCAAGGUCGUCCAAGCCAGCUCCGACAAUAAAUACUACGCAGACGGAACAGAGCUACAGCAUUCCAAACGAGCCAGAGGUUUCUUCCAAGACGAGGGCUCUGGAGUUCGAACCGGCGCCAAUGGGCAGCCCCUCGACCCCUUUUCUGGUUAUCGCAACAAUGUCGAAGCAUCUUCGGACGGCUGCAAGAAGCAAACCACCGCAACGGGAAUCACAAAGAUAGUUCAAACCAAGGUCACCUCUAGACGGCGCGAUGAAUAUGGGGAUGAAGAUAAUGGGUCGGAAUCGUCCACGCGCAACUUGAAAGAUGCCGCUUCCCGUGCCCUACCAGCACCGACAGUCACGAGCAGCCUCAUAUACUCUGCAAGCGCAACGGCAAUGUUCUGGCAAUCAUCUUUGUCACUUGGGCUCGCGCUCAUCGCCGCGAACCCGUUCUGCGGCGCCACGCCUACAGCAAGCCAUCCGCCUUCACUCCCAACCCUCGCACCUGUCCGCCAUGCAAACACCUCCGUCCUCUCGAUAGAGUACUACGACUCUGCGCCACACAACUCCAAGGCCCCCGUCGCAAUUCUCGUUCACGGCUUCCCCUACUCAAUUGAUACCUACAUCGAUGUCGUCCCCAAGCUCGUCGAUCAGGGCUACCGCGUCAUAGUCCCGUCGCUGCGAGGCUACGGUACAACGACCUUCCUGUCGCCAACUACCCCGCGCAGCGCCGAGCAGGCCGCUCUGGGCAAGGACAUUAUCGACCUGAUGGAUGCCUUAAACAUCAAGAAGGCCAUCUUUGCUGGCUAUGACUGGGGGACCGUCGUCGUCAACGUUGCGGCCGCGCUGUGGCCGGACCGAUGCUCUGGCAUGGUCGCAGCCAACUCGUACCUCAUCCAGAAUCGAGAGACAGCAUGGGCCAUUGCGCCUCCCGAUGCGCUCGCGCUGAGAUGGUACUUUUACGUCUUCCUCACGCCGCAGGGCUACAGCUCGCUGGCCAGCGACACCAAGGGAUGGGCAAACACGAUCUGGAACAAGAACAGUAUCGGCUGGAACUUCACCCAAGCGCAACUCGACGCCGCAUCUCUCGCAUUCUUGAACCCCGACUACGUCGCCAUCGCGACCAACUUUUACCAAAACCGCCUGCUGUACGCACCCGGCGACCCGCAGUACGCGGAUCUGGCCAACCAGCUGGACAAGCAGCCUCUCAUCACGGUCCCCUCCGUCACCCUCGACCCGAUCCAGGCCGUGGUGUUUCCGCCAACGAACGGAAGUGCUACCGCGAAGUUCUUCAGCGGCCCGAGGGUUCACCACGAAAUUCCCGAUUGCGGCGAGAAUAUCCCGCUGCAACGGCCGCAGGUCUUUGCGGACGCCGUUUUGGAGGUUGCGAAGCUUGCGAGCCACAAGUGA